AAGCUGGAAAUAUAAAGACUUUUAUGAAACAAGGAUUAUCCAAUGUUUCCACUCUCCUUGUGAAUGAAGAAACCGAUACCUUAUUUGUUGGAGGCAGAGAUGCUGUAUUUGCUCUUGACUUGAAUAAUAUUUCUAGAGAAAUAGCCAGGGAAUACUGGUUUGCUACACAGGAAAGACAACUGGAAUGUAUUCAUAGAGGAAAGGACAAGAUAAGAUGCCAGAACUACAUCCUGUUCCUCCAUAAGAUAAAUGACUCCAGCUUGUAUGUUUGUGGGACCAACGCUUAUCACCCAGCCUGUGAUCAUAUGGUUAUCCACAAGACAAACAUGAGUUUGCAAGGAAAAGCUGAGGACAGCAGAGGAAAAUGUCCCUUUGAACCGACUCUGAAAUAUGCUUCUGCCUUUGCAGAUGGUGCAUUUUAUUCGGCUACUUCAAAUAAUUUUUUGGGAACAGAACCUAUAAUACUCCGCAGUAUGAGGAACCCUGUAAGAACAGAAUUUAAAACGUCUUGGCUAAAUGAACCAAGCUUUGUUGAUAUGGAAAUAGUACAGGAAAGUGAAUCUAAUCCAAAUGGAGAUGAUGAUAAAAUUUAUGUGUUCUUCACGGAAACAGCUGUUGAAUUUGAAUUCUUUGACAAGCUUCUGGUGUCCAGAAUUGCCCGUAUCUGCAAGGGUGAUCUUGGUGGGAAACGCAUAUUGCAGAGAAGAUGGACAUCGUUCUUAAAAUCCCGACUUUCCUGUUCCAUUCCAGAGUUAAAUUUCCAUUUCAAUAUUGUCCAGGACAUCUUUUUACUUCGGAGAACAGACUGGCAAGAGAGCAUUUUUUAUGGAAUUUUUUUCCAACAAUGGGGAAGAUUGGACAUAUCAGCUGUUUGCGCAUACAACAUGAACAAUAUUCAAGAAGUCUUCUCCAAAGGAAGCUACAAGGGACCAGUAACUGUGGAACCUUCCCAUGUUAAAUGGGUGGUAUACAGGGGAGAAGUGCCAGUCCCCCGUCCUGGUGCUUGCAUUGACAAUUUUGCCCGGAGUAUUGGAUAUAACACUUCUUCUGACUUGCCUGACAAAGUUUUGCAGUUUGUUCGAGAUCAUCCUCUAAUGGAUAAUUCUGUAAAUCCAAUUGGUAACAGGCCAGUGCUACUGAAAAGAGGUUCAAACUAUACCAGGAUUGUAGUAGACAGAGUCACUGGCCUUGAUAAACAAACAUAUGAUGUUAUGUUUCUAGCAACAGCUGAUGGAUAUUUGCAUAAAGCUUUCAACUGGGAUGGGGAAAUGUUCAUUGUGGAGGAGCUACAGCUGUUUCCAUCUCCGGAGCCUGUGCAGUCUCUCCAGCUGUCUUCUAAAAAGGGCAUGCUGUAUGCGGGCGCUCGGUCCCGCGUGGUGCAGCUUCCCGUUGCCGCGUGCCACCGGUACAGGCAGUGCCAGGACUGCGUCCUGGCCCGGGAUCCCUACUGCGCGUGGGCCCGGGCUGCCCGGGAAUGUGUUCUCCUGGCAAACCGAUCCAGGGAUUCGGAGUAA